AUCAUCAGCCGAGAUAUGGAUGUCAAAGCAGUGUUGGUGGAUGAAUACACGACGUACCAUCUGACGUCAAAUGAAGUGUGGGCGAUGCGCGGAAGCACUGCCGUGUUUCGCUGUAGUAUAAAUCCAUAUUUCGUCAAAGAUUACGUCAAAGUCGUCGGCUGGGUUCAGGGUACUACUCCGAUUGUUGAAGAUGAAAGGACAAGUCUAUUGUAUGACGGUGAAUUACACAUCCGGGACAUCAGAGAUGACGACCAGUUCACCACCUACCGGUGUGUGGCGAGAAACACGCUGACAGGGGAAGAGAAAUCAAGCUCAUAUGCAUACCUUACUGUUCACGACCCUCCUGUAGGCUGGAUGGCCCCGACCAUGGAUGACGUCUCGCGUACAGUCAAGGUCAAAGAAGGUGAAGCUGUUGAAAUCCCAUGCGUUGCUAGUAGCAACCCCUUACCGAAGUACCGAUGGCACAUGAACUCUCCUACCACAAGUAUUGUCAUCGACAAUACACAUUUUGUCCAAAAAGGCGGGAAUUUAGUGGUCAAAGCGGCGACAGUGAAAGACAGUGGACAUUUCAUAUGUAAUGCGUCAAACGAACACGGAUCAGCCACGGCUGUGACUGAACUUAUCGUCACAUCCCCACUGAUCACGUACAUUGACCCUCCGACACAGGUGAUUGAUUCCGGACAGACAGCUGUCUUCAACUGUACGGUAUCUGGUUUCCCAAUAACGUCUAUCACGUGGUAUAAGAAUGGAGAGCUAUUGGUUGCUGACGAUCGGAUAUCCAUCCAAUCAGAUACUGUUUUAGAGAUUGUGGACAUUAGUCGCCAGGACCAGGGGAUGUACCAGUGUAUUGUUACUAAUGACGAGGCUAGCUCACAGGGCACUGCACAACUUCUACUCGGAUCUGCUCAUCCGUCCUUUGUCGAUACAUUUGUCGACCAGUUCGUGCUAAAUGGACAGAGAACGUCGUUACGAUGUACGGCGGCGGGAAACCCUACGCCGAAGGUCACGUGGACUUUAGACGGCGCCGUAAUACCACAUGAUUCAAACGUUCACGUGGGCAGUUCUGUGAACUCUCUAGGAACCGUUGUUAGUUAUGUAAAUAUCACCAGCGUCCAGAUCCAGUUUGGAGGGGAGUACACCUGUACAGCUAGUAACGAAGUGGGUGAGAUCUCGUACACUGGGAGAAUCAAUGUUUAUGGCAUCCCGUAUGUGCGUAAGAUGCAGAAUCUGACCGCUACGGCCGGCGAACCAUUGUCCAUCAGGUGUUAUGUUGCUGGUUACCCAGUGAAGUCAAUCAAGUGGUCUAAAGGUGGUUUCGUCCUUCCUCGAAAUCAUCUCCAAGAUGUCGUCAAUGGAACUCUUUUAAUAAAGAAGGUUCAAAAGUAUCAGGACAUCGGAAAGUACACGUGUACCGCAAAGAAUGGUGAUGGUCAGGGCAAUGGCAGCAGCCUCUACAUUACCGUGCUUGAGCCACCGAAGAUUGAUCCGUUCAACUUUCCGCGCAAGAAGCAGGGUGACCGUGUGGUUGUGUCCUGUGUCGUUAGCAGUGGUGACCAGCCAUUACAGAUUAAGUGGACAAAGGACGGCGAGGAAAUUCCUCCAGACAUGGGAAUCACCAUCACGACGGUUGGAAGUUACAGUAGUAUGUUGUCUAUCGGUGAUGUUACUCCCAAACAUAACGGUAACUACACUUGUCAGGCUCAGAAUGACGCGGCUGGAGUCAACUUCACAGCUCCUCUUCACGUGGACGUGCCACCUCGUUGGAUCAUUGAGCCCGAAGAUUCGUUUGUAAUCCUCGAGGGAACGGUAGCGUUGGAUUGUCUUACUGCUGGAACGCCUAGUCCUUACAUAAUGUGGAUGAAAGCAGCUGGUACAAAACCUGGUAACUACAUGGCCUUGGAGUAUCUGAAGGAUGACGCCGAGAAUGCUACCGACAGGAUGCAGUUGCUUAGCAACGGGACAUUGAUCAUCCGAGAAUCUGAAGAAUCGGACCAUGGUUACUACCUCUGCCACGCAGACAACAGAGUUGGAGUCGGUCUUAGUAAAGUCAUCUUUCUAACUGUCCAUAUCCCUGCCCGGUUCGACAGUCAUAUGAAGAAUUACACAGUUCGACGGGAUCACAAUAUCACUAUGGAUUGUCAAGCAAUUGGUGACAAACCAUUGGCUGUCACAUGGAGUUUCAAUGGCCAACAAAUAAGUACUCUACCUAAUCCAAGGCGAGACAUGAAGACGGUCAGUACUACCAGAGGAAAACUAUCCACACUCGCCUUACAUCCUGCUGUGAGAGCGGACACAGGCUUCUAUGUCUGCUUCGCCAAAAAUAAGUUCGGGAACGGCGUGCAGUCGAUGAGACUCACUGUCCUAGAACCCCCUGAACCACCGGCCAACCUCACUCUGGUCAAGGUGUCGAGUAGAAACAUGACAGUUUCCUGGUCACAACCCUAUAAUGGCAACACGCCCCUCCUCUACUAUAGCAUCGAGUACAUAAACUCUUCAGGUGUAUGGCAGGGAGUCCUCCCCAAUGUUUCUGUACAGGCCAAGUUCUUGACAGCCGUCAUCAGUGACCUUCACCCAGCCUUCCUUUACUACGUAAGAGUCAGGGCCAAUAACUCUGUCGGAUUUGGACAGCCCGGCGAUCAGAUAUCGGUUUCCAUGGAUGAGGAACCUCCUUCCGGACCACCCCAAAAAAUACAGAUCAAGGCAAUUGGCUCAGAAGCUCUUAAAAUUUCAUGGAUGCCUCCCAAACUAUCCGAAAGGAACGGAGUAAUCAAGGGUUACUACAUCGGAUACAAGGAGACAAGCAGUCCGUCCCGAUUUAUAUACAUCACCAAGGCAGUCGAGGGAGAGUUCGAACCCGUCCUGGAUAUCCACAAUCUGGAAAAGUUCACGGAGUAUACUGUGCACAUCAAGGCAUAUAACGACAUGGGCCAGGGCCCGAAGUCGAUCGACUACAGUGUCUUCACCCUGGAAGAUGUGCCUAGUCAGCCUCCUCAGGGUGUCCAGGCCAACGCCAUAAACUCACAGUCCAUCAAAGUGAUCUGGUCUCCGCCUCCACUGUUUACACUGCACGGGAUCCUACAAGGCUACCGUAUCCUGUACAAACCUGUCAGAAAAGAUGAAGAUGAAAGUGACGCUAACAUCCAGACUUCGUCUAAAUUAGAGGUGACUAUCAGUAACCUACAGAAGUAUACUAACUACAGUCUUCAGGUACUGGCCUUCACCAGGAAGGGCGAGGGCGUAAGGAGUGAACCCAUCUACAUUAGAACUCAAGAGGAUGUACCUGAGAGACCAGCAAACAUCAAAGUCCUACCUGUCAAUUCCAGUUCCGUUUUGGUGGCAUGGAAGCCUCCUCUCCAUUGUAACGGUUUACUUACUAGGUAUACACUGUACGUGCGGAAUGGAUCAGACACAUCUGGGGAGGUCGCACUUGACGUGUCCCCGUCCUUGACUUCAUUUCUAAUGUCCGACCUUCCUGUUAACAUGGACGUCUUCGUGCAAAUAUCCUCAACCACAAGAAUUGGUGAAGGGGAACGAACUCAUGUUGCUAAGGCUUCUCCUCUAGAAAAGGUGGCAGCAAGGAUAGCCAGUUUCUCGGACGUAUUGACGAUACCAUGGCAACACCCAGUGACGUUACCAUGUAUGGUGGUCGGUGAUCCUGCCCCAACGGUGAAGUGGAUGAUGCGUGGCGGGGAGGUGGUUGUAAAUGACAGAAUACAGAUAUUACAAAAUGGUUCCCUACAUAUAACAUCUGUUGUUGGUGGGGACGCUGCUAACUACACAUGCACGGCUGAAAAUGUAUUUGGAUCCGAUUCCAUUGUGUUUGCCAUAAGUGUUCAAGUGAGCGAAAAGCUUGGAACUCCUCCUAAGCCUCCGAAGAUGUUUAUCGCUGCUACUACGUCAUCCACAAUACAGGUCAACUGGAGGUCAAGCAGUAAUGGCGGAAGUCCUAUUCAAGGGUUUGAACUGUUUUAUAAGAAGGAAUUUGAGUCAUGGCGGAAAAUGAGACUUGGGGCCUCCAACAGGACGUAUACAGCUUCCGCUCUACUCUGUGGUACAAUGUACAGGUUCUAUAUAUCCGCCUUCAACAGACUUGGCACCAGUGUUAACAGUGCGCAGAUGAAGGUCCAAACAAACGGAUCCACUCCUAUCAUGCCUCCUCAAAGCAUGCUUCUUAGAUCCAUCAAUACAACCUCAGUUGAUCUUGACAUGACGUCAUGGAAAACUUCCGGUUGCCCAAUCCGAUUCUACUCUGUUAAAUACCAGGUUUGGGGAGAUGAUGAAGUUGUCGAGGUUUCCAACAGUGUGAACAGAAACACGUCGAGCUUCACAGUGCAGGACCUACAUCCGGCCACGUGGUACGUGAUGGUUGUUACGGCCCACAGUGACGCGGGUUCAACAGAAAGUCACCUGAAGUUUGCCACCCUUACCUAUCAUGGAAGUACAAUUAUGCCGAUAUAUGUUGCAAGAAAAAUGGAAACACGCUUUUAUGAGAAGGCACAUAUAAUUAUCCCUCUUUGUGCGGGGAUAGUGGCGCUGUGUGUUAUGACUGUUGGCAUACUGCUCUACUGUAGGAGACGGAGGGAGAUGCACCAUAUCAAAGAAAAUGCCUCAAAUCUACGAAGAGACAUCACAGCAGAGACGUCAUUGAUGAAUGACCUUGACAAACGUCUCAACCUUGACCUUGACAGCAGCAGUGGAAACUCAGAGGCGUUCGGCAAGAGAAAUGUUAACCUUCUUAUUUCUUUGAACUCUGACGACAAUCUCACUGGGAACAGUCACACGUGGUUUGGUCUUCAUGACAACAGCAAAACUAAUAGCGACAACGGAUCGUUUGAUAGGUCCGGAACAGAUGGUAACAUCAACCCCUACGCCACAUUUAACCAACUGAAGCAAGUGUUGGUGGAAAAGAAUGAUACAGGCAGAAACGAUGACAUGAUGUUGCCGGAAUUCGACGACAUCAGUUUGGAGAAGGCACAGGCACAGAAAUGUAUGUCUACACCAUCCGAGCCUUACGUGCCGUUCUUCCAUAAAGCUGAACAUGAGACGAGGGACCCUAAUCCUCCUUUGGUACCAAUGAGAGACCAGAGUGCUAAACAGGCCGGGUAUGACAACCAAGGGUUGAUAUUGAGCCCCCGGAAAUACGCCAGUGCAGAACAGAUUCAUGCGUUGUUUACACAAUGCCCACCGAGACCACACAGUACAUACGGAAAAUCAAAAUCAGGAUCACACGGAAGCUCUGACGAAAAAGGAAGUCAAAGACAUAGUGUGAUCUCAAGUGUAACGACGGUGUCCUCCAGCCGUGACGAACUGUUGGAGGCUCUAGAGAACGCACGGAAGAAUCCACCCCCUCCCGUGGUAUAUGAGUCUCCACAGGAUUCGAGCUCCGGUCCAACUGAUAGUUCGGUCGCAACAGAGCCCGGCAUCGUGCAGUUCACCCAGUCUCCUCCAAAACCUAACGAGCAGAGACAGGCGGCAUGCGAGGUCCCGGGAUACGAGUGUGGGUGCAAACCGAAACGUUCCAUGAAGAAGGAAGCAGAAAGUGACACAACGGAUCGUGAAACAACAGAUGCUCCACGCGAGACGUUCCAUCCGCGCAGAACACGUGGCCGUCACCGUGGUAAACAGCGUGGGACAAUUGCCAAGCGACAAAUCAUUCCAGCAUUCGUACCUAGAACUCAUAGUAGGACCAGCACCACUAGCAGUGAAGAGGUUACAUACACUUUUGGUGGGCGAGACUCCCCACACUCCACUAGUCCGCUAGAUGGCGCAUACCAGUCCUACCGGAAGGCAGCUGAGAAACAGAAGAAAGGUGUAAGGGCAGUAGGUCGAACCACACCACAUGUGCGAACCCGGUAUGAUACAACAUUAGCUACACCUGGAACGGACGAACACCGCCCCUUAGUCAUGUCUCUCGCCGGUCAGUCAAUGACAAGUCCGGCAGAAGAAGACGAGGAUGCAGUCAGUCUGCUGGACAGGUAUUACCGACCGGUGCCUGACGAUGAUGAAAUUGCUGACAGCAGUUCUGCUCAAAGAAAGAAAAAAGGAGACAAAGGAUAUACUGAAGACUUUACUAUAGUAUAA